AUGGCAAGCUCCCAAGAAGAAGGAUCAAAAGAUUUGAGUCCUCGCACUAGUCCUUCUCGGGAACACGACCAAGCAGUGGAUGAGUCGUCGGACGUCGACGGCGACUUUGCUGAGCUUCAGAAGAUGUUGAGCCAAAAGAGACGGGCUGCCAAGGAUAGCCCUGAAACCCGACUUCGGGAGGCGCUUCCUUUCAUUACCGAGUUCGUUCCAUUCAUCAGGCCCUUAACCGUCUCCGAUGUCGACUCUUGUAUUGCGUUGGAGAACGCGUGUUUCUCCAAUCCGGCGCACCGCGCCUCACCCGAGAAGCUUGAGUAUCGCCUCACCGUUUGCCCCGAACUCAGUCUGGGGAUCUUCCUCACUGUGAUUCCGGAGCAAGCCAACGACCUAGGCAUUGAAACCCUUCCCCACGCGAAGCCCGUCGAAACCGGCCGGGCUGAUGGUGCUGUGAGCAUGCUGCUCGCUCAUAUCGUAUCGUCACGGUGCCGAGGGGACAUCGUCACCGAUUCUGACAUGGACUACCCCAAGGACUGGCGCAACCAAAAGUCUCGGGCGGCCGAGGUUGGGCACCAAGAGAGUGGAACCACGGUCGGCCUGCAUUCGCUGGCUGUGCUUCCACGCCUGCACCGCAGUGGUCUUGGUCAGAUGAUCAUGAAGGCAUAUCUGGAUCAGAUGAGGGGUUACGGUGUGGUAAACAGGGUCGCCCUGAUAUGCCAAGACCAUCUCGUCUCGUACUACGAACGACUCGGCUUCAAGAAUCUCGGGGAGAGCAAAGCGCAAUUCGGAGGCGGUGGUUGGAACGACAUGGUUUACGAUAUUCCACCGCCAAACAAAUCGGCAGCUUAG